GUUUAACGUGCGCGUGCUACACCUGAUUGGACAAGGGGCGUAUCUUAAACUGCAGUCUCCCCCAGCUGAUUGCGCUCGUCUCUUUUUUCAGCUGGAGUUGUUUUUUUGCACUGAGCUCCUUUUUUUUUCCCCUGUACAUGUUUGUUUGUUUGUUUUUAACUUGCCUGUUUUAAAAUUCCUUAUCUAUGCUUUGUUUUAUAUAAAUAUCCUUCGUAGUUUGUUCGUUACCCAGUUUUUAAUGUGCAACUUUUUUUCUCUUUUGGUCAUAAUUUUUGUCAUGAUUCAUUUCGACCCAUAAAAAGUUUGUAGAUCAUUUUUUAAAUCAGGAUCAUCUCGGAAUUAAAGGACAGCCGGACGUUCAUAAUUAAAUCCGACCUUCUCCAGAUCCCAUCGCUCGACAUGCUGUCACUUGGGAAUCAGCUCCGGCGCCUGUGCGCGUUCACGGCUGAGGAUGAAGAUGAGGAGGAUGAUGAGGAGGAGGACGGAGGCGCCGCGCUGGACCUGACGCUCACGGCCGUGCAAACGCUCCUCUACGCGCUGCUCUUCUUCUUCAUCUACUCGCAGCUCUGGCUCAUCCUGCACUACGGCCACAAACGCCUCAGCUACCGGAGCGUCUUCCUCUUCCUGUGCCUGCUCUGGUCGGCCCUCAGGACCACACUCUUCUCCUUCUACUUCAAUAACAUGGCCCAGGCGAGUCAGCUGCAGCCGCUGCCCUUCUGGCUCUUCUACUGCUUCCCCGUGUGCCUGCAGUUCUGCACCCUCUGCCUCCUCAACCUCUACUUCGCUCAGAUCAUGUGUAAAGCCAAAGCGAAAUAUUCCCCAGAACUCAGCAAAUACAAGACGCCGCUGAAGUUGGCCUUCUUGUUCAUCAGCCUCUUCUUCCUGGUGGUGAACGUUACAUGCUCUCUUAUGGUGCUGACCCAGAAGAACAUGGAAGCCAGCAAUGCAAAGCACAUAGUUCUGGCUCGUGUGCUAAUCAACGACAGCCUCUUCGUGCUGUGCGCCAUCUCGCUUGCCACCUGCAUCUGUAAACUUGCCAAGAUGUCCUCGGCAAACGUCUAUCUGGAGUCGAAGGGGACAUCAGUGUGUCAGGCCACAGCCACCGGAGCAGCGGUUGUGCUGCUGUACACAUCGAGAGCGUGCUAUAAUCUCGCCAUAGUGGCCGUAUCUCCCAAAGACCGGGCCACUCCGUUCAGCUACGGCUGGUACAGCUUCUCCGACCAGACUGAUGUGGAGAAGAUCAGCGGGAAGGCCUACAUGGUGUUCGGAAUUGUUCUGUUUUUCUGGGAGUUUGUCCCCACCACCCUCCUCGUGGUGUUCUUCAGAGUUCAGCGGCCCAAUCAAAACCUGGCACCAGGUGGCAUGAUCCACAGCCACAGUUUCAACUCCAGGGCGUACUUCUUCGACAAUCCAAGACGCUACGAUAGUGACGAUGACCUGUCCAGAAGCAUCAGCUCCAGGAGUGAAAGGGGAAGCGGUACGAUGACUUCGUCGUCUCAGCUGGGCGCAAGUUGGUACGGGUCCAUCCAGAAGACUGGAAGCUUCACGUUCACCGCACCUCAUACCCCCACUGCUCCACUGCUCCUGCCCUAUGGGAGCGUACAGACCAGCCAUCACCACAACUACUACUCCACCCCACAGGACUGUUACUCCAGCUCUCAGACUCACUACAUUACCCCACAGAACUCAACCACCAGUCUGGAGUAUGAAACGGAACGGACAAGACUCUGUGGACCUUAGACAGGUGCAGGAGAUGCGUAUGGUUCAAAACCUCUUUGUAUUUUCAAAUAUUCAGCGGCUCAAAAAAAAGGGACUGGAGAGAUGCGAGAUAAUAAGAAGGUCAUUCGGUGCUCCCCAUGUAGUAUCGCUAAUUUCCCAAGGAUCUGACUAAUAUGAGGACCAAUAAUUGAUCUGCACAAUUCCUUUAUGUUCAUGGGGUUCAGCAUGGCCAUGUCCUAAAAUUCCUCUGGUUUCCAACCUUUAAGAGCCUGCUCCUUGUACUGAGAACUUUCAGAGCACGGGUUGAAAGUGUUCUUCAGGAUGGCGUGAAGGGAGAAGUCAAACAUAGACCGUUAGCAUAAACAGUAAAGACGAUGACGCGUCGUUUGAGACGUGAAAAUGUUCAAACGAAUCUUCAGAUAUGACGAAUGUUCUUGGAAAGAUCUAUUUUUAUGACAUGUGAAUGAAUGUAUAAGUGUGUAUGCGACCGAAUUAAUGGUACUAACAUCUCACUAGUAAGCGCAUUGUACUAUUUAACAUGGGGGUGCCAUUAUAUAUUUUCUUUAGAGCCGCAUUCAUCCGAUUCCAAGUAUUGCUUAUUUUGCUUGCCUGAAUUCUUGCUCUUGGCUGACAGGAGUGGAACCUGAUGCAGUGCUCCAUUGUUGACAUAUUCCUCAGCUCACCAUGGUUACAAAGAGAUAAUGAUGCUGUUUGUGGAAAUCUCAUGAUAUCCAGGUGUACCUGAGGUUCUUUAAGCAGUCUGGCAUUAAAAUCGCAUUAUUCCUCCCCAUUCCGAUAAACACUACCUGAAUUAUUUGGCCAAAAUCUGCUUGAUUUGAUGCAUUGGGUUGCUGCCACUUGAUUGCUUGGUAGAUGAAUGGCCGUUUGCACAUCAGGCUUUUGUGUUACCUAAAGCAAAUCAUGAAACGCGAUGUUUUCACCAACAAACAUCACUAUCUGGUGUCAGCUGAUCAUCAGUGCUGUAUCAAAAUUGAUUGGUGCGGCCGUAUAUUUUUAGUGCAUAAUGUUUGUACAUAAGCAGUCACAGUGGCCAUAAUUCCCCCUUUUUUUAAAUUUGUGUUUACAGGCUUUUCAGCAAACUGAGUCCAAGCUGAAGUAACCUUUCUGUUUUCAUUAUAUUGGUGGUUAAUCAGAUUGACCCAAAAAACUUUCACCUCACGAAGAACAUUUGAUCCGACACAGAUGCGUCCUUUUCUACAUUCUUUAUUUAUUCGUUUGCACCACAGCUUCAUAAUGUAGUUCCAUUGCAACUCUUUUAAUUUGUUUUCUGGUGUAGCACUACGAGUUAGCAUUGGGAGGCAGGGCUUAGGGAUGUUUAUCAGUAGUCAUUCACAUAAUUACAAUCAGGCUUGCUACCAGUUAACAGCGGAAUCGCACACAAAAUAAUGGCCGCUCACUGGGUACAGUGUAAAACAUAAGAUGUGCAUCUCAAACCUACAGAAAUCCUAAGAGGCCAUGCAUUAUCAUUUUUUUUCUUUCUUGUUUCCUCAUGAUAAAGUACCUUUUAUGUGUAUUCAGCAAAAGAGCACUUCAUGAUAUACAUCAGAAACAUUUCAAAUGAUUACAAUACAAUUAUGUUGAGAGAAAACAGGUUUUGACAUUGAGAACUCGUGGGGGGG